AUGGUGACGGUGGAGGGCGCAGUGAUGGUGGAGGGCGCAGUGAUGGUGGAGGGCGCAGUGAUGGUGGAGGGCACAGCAAUGGUGGAGGGCGUGAUGAUGGUGGAGGACGCAGCAAUGGUGGAUGGUGUGGUGAUGGUGGAGGGCACGGCAACGGUGGAGGGCACGGCAACGGUGGAGGGCGCAGUGACGGUGGAGGGCACGGCAACGGUGGAGGGCACAGCGACGGUGGAGGGCGUGGCAUUAUUGAUGUUACCUGUCACCACAGGCACUCCUUGGACCAUUCAUGAAGCAUCUGCCAAAAAUCAACAUGGUGGGGGAGUACUGUACCCAUAUUCAAGAGCUGCACAACACCAUCUCUGCACUCCCAGCUCCCAUGCAUGGAGAGAUACCAAAGGUAUAUCAGUGGGUACCUAA